UUUUUUUUUUCAAAAUAACGAUUCUCCUAGGAGUCAUCUGUUAUGACUUGCGUCUAUAGUAGUCUGAAGAACUACGAUUAUCCCAUAGUUCUGAAGUUGUGUUUCAUGUCAAGUAUUAAGAGUAUGUGCAUUGUGUACUUAAUUGCUCGCGGCUCAGCCAUUUUUGUCAAUUUGGUGUAUUAUAAAUCGAGCAUCAUUAUCGUACUUUUAACCCACAAAUUAAUUUCAUCCACUAUACUCCUCUUGAUAUUCCCAUUAUUACAUGAAGUGAUGAAGAUAUAUUUCCUCCCAAGGUAAAAUCAUUUUCAGCCUUAAUUUGAUCAAAAUUUUGUUUGAAUGGAUCUCGUUCUCUUUACGCAAUAUCUGAUUUAGGGUCUAAAACAACUCCGAUC